UGUCAAAAGAAACUGACGCUGAACACAGACGUUCAUUUACACGUUCACACACACACAUAUACAGUAUAUACAUACAUGUACAUAUAUAUAUUUAUAAUACACAUAAAAGUCACAAAAGAUCUACUUGAACAAAUUCACAUCAAGCAGGUUAAGCAAACCUUUGAUCUGUAGACAACGGAUCAAAGGAAGGCACCUGGAUACUCCUGUGAUUGUAAACAAUUUAGUGUAUAUACUGUAUAUUAUUGGAGAAGGUGUAAGAUCACGGAAAUUAGUUACUCACUAUGACCAAUCAAGCAGUGUAGCAAUAAUGUCAAGGUCAAUUUUCACCAUCAUAGCUGUCAGAGUAGCUUCAUAACAACUGGUGCAAUUAGGAUUCAGUGGAUCAAAGAUCGGCAGUAGUUGGUGGUGGUGUGACCGUCGAGUGGAAACAAAAAAUAAAAUAAAGGAAGGAAGAAAAAUCUACAAAAAGGAAGAAUCCAAAAUAACAAGCAACUGCCACGCGACACCACUACAAACCAAUCAAAGUGAUAUGGGAAGGUGAGGAUGAAAGAACAGCUAAGAAAGAGAGAACGCUGUGUGUCAACUGACGUUAAUAAUUCAAAAUCCCACCGUCGUUAGGUCAAACAAUACUAUUGAUACAAAUGCCAACUGGCGUGAAACACCAAAGGCAAAGACAUGGCUAACCACAAACUCAAGAUUGUGCACGGCAUGACUAAUCACAAGCACAAAAACGAGAGGGAUUUGUCUAAUUACAUGAAGAGGAGUCAAAGAAACGUAACUGACACGCUUCAGGAAAAUUUUGAGGCUUUAAAAAAAACAAAUGUGAAUCUGCAGGAAAAGGUGAACAGUUUGGAGAAGCUCAUUUUCGCCUUGGACGCACAAUGUGAGAUGGUGUCUACCAAGCUGGUCAAAGUGACCAAAAAGAACGAGUUUCUCACGGCUAAACUCCAGGGGGAGCGAAGCUCCAAGCUGGAGAUGAGCGAACGCUUUCAGGAAGUAAACAGCACUCAUCAGCAGAAACUUGACAUUCUUCGACAAGAACUGGAGGUCCUGAAAGCCGUCGAGCACAAGUCCAACUUUAGUGAAGAGGACAAAUAUAAUCCCGUGGCUGAAAGGAAGAUUCCAGCGAGACAUCCUACAGAAGCCCCGAGCAUGGAAUUUCUGUUCCUACAGGAGUUGCAGGAGCUGAAGGCACUAAAUAAUGACCUCAGCAGCAAACUCCAGGCUGAGACCAUGAAGAACAAGUCAAUGACCAAACAGGAGGAGUGUCUUAGUACUAAGCUACAGAUAGAGCGUACCCUGAGACUGGAGCUGAUGGAUCAGUUAGCAAGGCAUGAGUUGGCCCAUCGACAGGAGGUGGAGGGUUUAAAACAGACCAGCAGCCUCACCAACGCUGCCUCUCAGGAGCUGGAGAUAGUGAAAGCAGAAAACUCUGUGUUUCCUACCAGACUCCAGACAAAGACAGAGCUCAGCAGUAACAUUCAGACUCUAAAUUCAAGGCCACCCACCAGCCUGGAGAUGGCGACAAAGAAAAUCCCACCUCAGUCCAACCACGAAUGGCUGAGCAAUGAGCUGCGGAAGGGGCGGGCCGAGGUGGAAUUGGAAAAAAACAACAACGAUCUUCUAAAAAUGCUGAAAACUCAAUUAGAAAAGGAACGCAUCCUACGACUGGAUUUAAUUCAGGGUCUUCAAAAAGCCAUCGAUGGUCACCAGCAGACGCUCGAGGAUCACAAUCACGAGCUGGGCACCCAGAAACUUGCCCUUCACAAAAUGUCAAACAGACUCAAAGUCGAGGAGAACGUCGCUAAAAACCUGGAGGCUCAAAAUAAACAGCUGUCCACCAACGUGACCGCAGAAAUCAAAAAGAACGAUUUCCUGAGAAAAGAGAACGAGUCUCUCACCAAACGGCUGGAGAUGGAGCACAGCUGGAGACUGGAGCUGACGAAUCAGCUGGAGAAGAAUAAGGCGUCGUACGAGCAGAAUCUGAAGGCUCUCAAUCAGAGCAGCGCCGCCACAGAGGCUCUGCAUCACGAGAUCGAGGCCCUGAAAGCUGCAAACCUGGAGCUCACAGCCAAACUACAGACGGAGACGGAGCUGAGCACUGAGCUCAGAGCUCAACACGACGAGCUCUCCACCAGCCUGGAGAGGGAGAUACAGAAGAACAGGGACUCCCGCACCGUGCAUUUGCAGAGGGAGCAAAUGUUGAGAUUGGAGCUGAACGAGUCUUUACAAACAGAGAAAGGUUCUUAUCAAGAAAAGAUUGUGGCUCUCAACCAGGAGGUCAAGGCCCUGAAAACAGCAAAACACAAGCUCUCCAAGAGACUGAACAACGAGGGCGGGGUGACUUACAACCUGAAGGCCAUGAACAAACGGCUUUCGUCCAUGCUGACCAUGGAGACCAACAUGAAUGAGUCCCUGUCCAAACAGCUACAAAAGGAACACAGCUGGAGACUGGAGCUGACGAGUCAGUUAAAGAAGCACAAGGUGGCGCACCAGCAGGAGCUGGACGCCGUCAAACAGGCCGGCGCCUUGACAGAGGCGCUCUGUCAGGAGUUGGAGGCCCUGAAAGCAGCCAAAGCCCAGACUUCAAACUCCAAACAGGAAAAAAUGAAAGAUGUCAGCAGUGCCCUGCAGGCCCUGAAGGACAGGCUGUCCACUGGCCUGGAGAGGAAAAACAAACACGGGGAGACCCUAACUCCAGAGUCGCUGGAGAAGAAAACCAACACUUGUCACAAUCAGCAGGCAAAAGAAAAUGCGACUCCGCGACAGGAGACUGUGGCGCUGGGCCAAAAACUGGACGCCCUGAAGACAGCCAAGAACAAGUUGUCAAAAAGCUUUAACUCCGACUGGGGACUUGGACACAGUGAGCACCCAGAGACAGAAGAAGCCAAUCAGCAAAAGCUGGAGGCCAUCUAUAAGGAGUCAGAGAGGCUGAUUUCAGAGGUGCUCGUACCCAUCAUUGAGCUGGUCGACAGGCUGGGUUUAAAAGAGAUGGUUCCUUGGAUGAACAAGUCCCCGGUUCCCUUUGACUGGCAAAGAUCACAGGUGAUCAGAUGAUCAGACGGAGCGUCUGUCUGUCUGUUGGUUUCACUUCCAUGAGUGUGUUUUUAUGUCCAUGGUUUAUUGGUGCAGAGCGAUGGUGAAGGCACGAAGGAGUCGGAAAUAAAAAAAAUAUAUAAAAGGCCUGUCGAAUUUAAUGCAAAUAUAGGGAAAAAAUAAAUUGUGAAAUGACAUUAUUUUGAUGAACACAUGCACACUGUAUAGCCAACAAUAUAUGUAAAUAUAUAUACAUAUAUUUACGUAUAUUGGUACUGACCUCUCAGUUCAGUACAUUUUUUGAUCCAAAAAUAAAUGUGGAUGCCAAAAAAAUUGACUAUUUUUUCACAGCAGAUUUUCUCAGCAUGGUACAUGGGGGAAAAAAAACACCUAACCCUAAUCUAUUUAGGGCCUUAGUGUAGCCAACGAGUUUGUUUCAGGGUACAAACAGAAUUUAGAAUAAAUAACUUCCUUGUUAUCAACUCUUUUGCUGUCAAAAAAGUCAAAUGAUGAUCUCUGCCUGUGACCAGUGAUCCCAGUUCAUUUGCAUUAUAACAAAUAACGUCAAUAAAGUUUCUUUGCGGUCUGAUACGAUGGGAAAAGAACGACUCAACGUAGGAGUGAUGAUUUGUGAAUGCCGUACUCUACGACUUCACUCAGUGUUCCCCUGUAUGGACCGAGUCGACUGACCGGGUCACCUCAGCGUCAGUUCAGCUCUUAGUGUCACAACUGUGUAACUGUAUGGAAGCCUAUGCAAAAACACACACCCUGGUGUUUUUGUCAGUUCGAAUAAACCCCGGUCAGUGAAAUGUCCCAGUCAUGGUGCCGUCAA